GAAGACGGUCGGCAUGGAGCCCUGAUAAACGCCGCUUCUGAGGGCCAAACUCCUCGCGUGAAGCAUUUAUUGCACCUAGGCGCAGAGAUAGAUCACGCUGACGAAUAUGGUCUGACCGCCCUUCACCAUGCAGCCUUGAGUGGAUUUCACGACACUGUUUGCGCCAUCUUGGAAGCUGGCGCAGACGUGAACGCAGAAAGUCUGGAACGUGGCACGCCCCUACAUUUGGCUGCUCUCAAAGGCCGUUCUCACGUGGUCCGACUCCUCCUUGAGGCUAGAGCCGACGUAUCUCGCCAAGGUCGCAUGGUUGGCACGCCUCUGCACUGUGCUUGCUACGCAGGAGAGUUAGACAUUGUUGACGAUCUCAGCCAGGCCGGCGCGAAUGUCGUAGCU